CAGGCAUAGGUCUGCUGCGGUUCAGCCGCUUCCCUGAAUUUCUGAACAGAAGCAGGGAACUUACCUCUUAUCUGUCGUGUCGUGGUGUAUUGCCGGCGAUUGCUGCAGAUCAUCACGGAUUAAAUCUCCUGGAAUCAUGUCACAAGGUAGCGAAUAACGAUACUAGCUUCCCGUUUCGGUUCGGUUUCGCCUCUUCGUCCCUUCGCACAACCGGAAGUGAUUUUGGUUUCAAAUAUUGAUUUUGCAUUUUGCGAUAGUUGGCGCCGUCGUGAUUUAUGAAUAUUAAAUUGAGGAAUCUGCAAAGGCGGUGGAUAACGGAGCAUAAUAAUGAUUAGUGUCCGGUCGGUAGCGGUGGUUGCAGUUUUGCUGCUAUUUUUUAUUCAGCAAAUUCUGGCUUCCGCCGGAGACCAGAGCCAGUUCUUUCAGAAUUGCUUGAAGAUAUGUGUACUGGAAAAUUGCACUAAAUCUGGAUUGGCAUUUAAACGAACCUUUCAAGGUAGCCAAAGUUCGAUCAAUAAACUACUGCUGUGGACCUGCUACGAUGAGUGCGGCUACGAUUGCAUGUGGAAGACGACGAGUGCAUUCCUAAAGCGGAACUGGACCACACCACAGUUCUAUGGGAAAUGGCCGUUCGUUCGAUAUCUCGGUCUGCAGGAACCGGCAUCGGUAUUUUUCUCGAUGACCAACUUCGGAACGCACUAUUCAAUGCUGAAGAAGUUUCGACGGGAGGUUCGACCGGACAGUCCGAUGUAUAGUCUGUGGCACGUCUUCUCGUAUAUUUGCCUAAACGCAUGGAUUUGGUCAACGGUGUUCCACUCGCGGGAUUUUCCCAUAACAGAGCUGUUCGAUUACGCUUUCGCGUACUCGAUGGUUCUGGCAUCUUUCUACUGCAUGGUGAUGCGAAUGAUACACCGAAAGUCCAUGUACCUAAAAGGGUUAUUCAGCUUCGUGUGUAUUGUGUUUUUCAUCAAUCACUUUUCGUACUUGAGUGUUGGACGGUUCGAUUAUGCAUACAAUAUGAAAGCAAAUAUUGUAACAGGAAUGGCCGGAGCAGCCGGUUGGAUUCUGUGGUGUAUGUUGCAGCGUCGCAAGCGCCGUUACGCGUGGAAAUGCUUCCUUUUUAUCGUAUUAGCCACAUCCUCGUUGCUAUUCGAGGUAAACGACUUCCCACCGAUCUUCUGGACGUUCGAUGCCCACGCGAUUUGGCACCUGGUCACGGCACCGCUCACUGUUCUCUUCUACAGCUUCAUAAUUGAUGACUGCAGAAGCCUACGUCAAGAGCUGCAUGAUGAAGCGGAUGACGAUACGCGGAAAUUGCUGUAAAGACUGAAUUUCCGGAAGACAAACCAGUUUAUCCUUUUAGAUGAUAAGUGAUACGUUGUAGUUGGCGAUUUGAAAGACUUGACGUGUAGUUUAUUUGGAAACAUCCGUCAGCUGCCGGACGUUUUAGGGUUCAAUUAAGAACAGCGGACAAUAAGCGAGAGAAUCUUACUCGAAGGUAGCGGGAGUGGAUGAUGUUUUCCAGGAACAACCAAUUAUAUACUAAUUAUGAGAAUGUUUUAAGCAUCGUACUAUUAUUACUCGGUAGAAACUAGUAGAUUUAUAUUUAAAAGCCAAUACAUACAUUCUGGUCAAACCUUUCCGAUUUAUUUUUGAGAAAGGUAGGUUUUAAAAAAAUAUAUAACAAAAAAUAUUUAUAACUAUUUAAAACCAAUAUUGAUGUAAUCUACAAUAGAUAGGUUGGCUUGUACCAUAUAGUCUGUAGGAUAGGUAAUGUGACUUUGGAUGUUGUGCGAUGUAUUAAUUUUUUUGUCUA